UCAAAUUAUAUUUAUUCGCUCCCAAUCUCUCACCGCAGAGGCGCUCUCUGCUUCUCUUUCUCUCUCGAUUACUCAUUUCUUAGCAUAUUUCUCCUUUUUGUUCUUCGAUUAUUCAAGAACUUCUUCGUGUUCUGCGCAGCUCUCCUUCCGUGUUUCCUCCCAAGCUGGUAAAUUCACCGCAGAUAUAUGUGGUUUGAUCGAUACCAAAGACUUGCUUGGGAACGUUUUCUGUGGUUCCGAACUCUCUCGAAACCAUAACCGACAUAGACCGCCGCGAGGAAGUGAGGACUGUUGCCGAUAUCGAGGUUUGACCUCAAUUGGCUUCUCGAUAUCGGGCUUUCAGUCGGGGAGCAACUGAUUAAUUGAAUUAAAUAUUAGUCAUGGCAGAACAGGGGAAUGGAAAUGGGCCUGCUAAUGGGCAUGCAUCUGCUGGAAGUGCCUAUAAAAUUGAUUUGAAUACCUUUAGUAGGAGACUGCAGGCCCUAUAUUCACAUUGGAAGGAACAUAGGGCUGAUAUUUGGGGUUCUUCUGAUGUUCUUGCCAUAGCAACACCUCCUCCUUCUGAGGAUUUGAGGUACUUGAAAUCCUCAGCCAUGAACAUUUGGUUGCUUGGGUAUGAGUUCCCAGAAACGAUUAUGGUUUUUGGAGAAAAGCAGAUCCAUUUUUUAUGUAGCCAAAAGAAAGCAUCUUUGCUUGAAGUUGUUAAAAAGGCUGCUAAAGAGGCUGUGGGUGCUGAUGUUGUCAUGCAUGUGAAGGCCAAAAGUGAGGAUGGGACUACACAAAUGGAUGCUGUUCUCCGUUCAAUCAGUACACAACUGAAGUCCCCUGUAAUUGGUUAUAUUGCAAAAGAGGCCCCCGAAGGGAAACUCCUUGAGACAUGGGCAGACAAGUUAAAGAAUUCUGGACUUCAGCUUGGUGAUAUAACACUUGGACUGUCUGAUAUUUUAGCAAUAAAGGACCAGAAUGAGAUAAUAAAUGUGAAGAAAGCUGCUUAUUUGACUGCUUCUACAUUGAAGAACUUUGUUGUACCUAAGCUUGAGAAGGUUAUAGAUGAGGAGAAAAAAGUAACCCAUUCAUCACUGAUGGAUGAGACAGAAAAGGCCAUUCUGGACCCGGCUAAAGUUAAGGUGAAGCUGAAGCCUGAGAAUGUAGAUAUAUGUUACCCGCCCAUCUUCCAGAGUGGUGGGAAUUUUGAUCUAAGACCUAGUGCUUCAAGCAAUGAUGAUAAUUUGUAUUAUGAUUCUGCCAGUGUAAUCAUAUGUGCUGUUGGGUCUCGAUAUAACAGUUACUGCUCAAAUGUUGCUAGAACAUUUCUUAUUGAUUCAACUUCAACCCAGAGCAAGGCUUAUGAAGUGCUACUUAAAGCCCAAGAGGCAGCAAUUGCUGCCUUGAAGCCAGGUAACAAGAUGAAUGCUGUUUAUCAAGCAGCACUUGCAGUAGUUGAGAGGGAUGCACCUGAACUGGUUAGCAACUUGACAAAAACAGCAGGAACAGGAAUUGGUCUGGAGUUCCGUGAGUCAGGAUUGAUGCUUAAUGCGAAAAGUGAUAAAGUGUUGAAAUCAGGAAUGGUGUUUAAUGUUUCUCUGGGUUUUCAGAAUUUGCAGGCUGACACCAGCACUCCCAAGAGUAGGAACUUUUCUCUUUUGCUUGCAGACACGGUGAUUCUAACAAAUGAAGGCCAUGAGGUUGUAACCCAUCUGAUCUCGAAAGCUCUCAAAGAUGUGGCAUAUUCAUUCAACGAGGAUGAAGAGGAGGAGCAGCCAAAAGCGAAAGCUGAGUCCAAUGGCAAGGAAGUAUUACAUUCAAAGGCAACACUUCGGUCAGACAAUCAUGAGAUAUCUAAGGAAGAGCUGCGGAGGCAGCAUCAAGCAGAACUUGCUCGUCAGAAAAAUGAAGAAACUGCUCGACGUCUUGCUGGUGGUGGGGCUGCAAAUGGAGACAAUCGAUCUACUGCUAAGGCUUCAAGCGAACUUGUAGCCUACAAGAAUGUCAAUGAUCUACCAGCACCUCCCAAAGACAUGAUGAUUCAGGUUGACCAGAAGAAUGAAGCUGUCCUUCUACCUGUAUAUGGAAGCAUGGUGCCAUUCCAUGUAUCUACUGUGAAGAGUGUAUCAAGUCAGUCAGAUACUAACCGCAACUGUUACAUCCGAAUUAUCUUCAAUGUUCCAGGUAUGCCUUUUGCACCCAGUGAUGUAAAUGCAUCAAAGAAUCAAGGAGCCAUUUACCUGAAGGAGGUUUCUUAUCGUUCUAAGGACCCCAGGCAUAUAAGUGAAGUAGUCCAGUUGAUUAAAACACUAAGACGUAAUGUUGUUGCCAGAGAGUCUGAAAGAGCUGAGAGGGCUACACUGGUCACUCAACAGAAGCUUGUACUAGCCGGAAAUAAAUUUAAGCCAGUCAGGUUGUCUGACUUGUGGAUCCGUCCUGUUUUCGGUGGGCGUGCCAGAAAACUUCCUGGCACUCUGGAAGCUCAUGUUAAUGGAUUUCGGUAUUCAACCUCAAGACAGGACGAGCGCGUUGAUGUUAUGUAUGACAAUGUGAAGCAUGCAUUUUUCCAGCCAGCUGAAAAGGAAAUGAUCACACUUGUUCAUUUUCAUCUCCACAACCACAUAAUGGUAGGGAACAAGAAAACCAAGGAUGUGCAGUUUUAUGUAGAAGUGAUGGAUGUGGUCCAAACCCUUGGAGGUGGAAAGCGGUCUGCGUAUGACCCAGAUGAGAUUGAAGAAGAACAGAGGGAGAGAGAUCGGAAGAACAAAAUCAACAUGGAUUUCCAGAAUUUUGUGAACCGGGUGAAUGAUCUGUGGAGCCAGCCCCAGUUCAAAGGGCUUGACCUGGAAUUUGAUCAACCUCUGAGAGAACUUGGGUUUCACGGGGUUCCCUAUAAAUCAUCAGCUUUUAUAGUUCCAACAUCAACCAGUUUGGUUGAGCUAAUAGAGACACCAUUCCUUGUGAUCACCCUAAGUGAGAUUGAGAUUGUUAACCUGGAGAGAGUGGGGUUUGGGCAGAAGAACUUUGACAUGGCAAUUGUUUUCAAGGACUUCAAGCGUGACGUAAUGCGGAUAGAUUCUAUUCCAAUAUCCUCACUUGAAGGCAUCAAGGAGUGGAUUGACACAACUGACAUCAAGUACUAUGAGAGCAAGCUGAAUCUGAACUGGCGUCCUAUAUUGAAAACUAUCAUUGAUGAUCCACAGAAGUUCAUUGAUGAAGGUGGGUGGGAAUUCUUGAACUUGGAAGGUAGUGACUCAGAAUCUGAUAAUACAGAGGAUUCAGAUGGAGCAUUUGAACCUACAGACGAUGAACCGGAAUCAGAUUCUGAUGAUGAAGAGUCUGACAGUGAAUCAUUGGUAGAGUCAGAAGACGAAGAAGAAGAAGAGGAGGAGGAGGAGUCAGAGGAAGAGAAAGGGAAGACAUGGGAAGAGUUGGAAAGGGAAGCAACCUAUGCAGAUAGGGAGAAUGGCGAUGAGUCUGACAGCGAGGAUGAGAGGCGAAGAAGAAAGAAGACGUUUGGUAAGUCGAGGGCAGGGCCAAUUAGUGCUCCUCCUAAGCGGACCAAGUUCAGGUAAAGAAAGAACUAGAGUCUAAGAGUAGCGUAGCAGCCUGAAGAAUGAACUUUCCAUCAGUCAAGGAUUUUUGUUUUUGUUCUUCUAUUUUCACCUCCCCGUGUUUGGACGUAGGUGGUAGGCAGGCAGGAUUAACUAUUUCUUGUAAACGUGGGAUUAGCUUUAUGGAAAACUUCAAUUUUAGUAUUUUGCUUGUUUAUUUAUGUUUA